GGUUUUAGUUUUUUAAACUAUAAUUUUAUUUAUUAUAUUAUGUGUGCUCUGAACAUCUGUUACCUCGUUUUCAUCUUCAGCCGCAGUUUUGACACCAUCUGAUUGCUGCCUUAUUUUCUGAAAGAAUUUUUGGGUAUUACCCCUUCCCGCCAGCAUCUGAAGCUCGUCUUUCUACAUCUGUUUCUUUCUGUUGAAGAUUCGCUUCUCUUACCUCUUCCCUGGGCCAAAAGAUUUGGAUGGAAAACACUAGAGAAUUACCUUCCAAACUUUAUUUUUUACGGUUUUUGAAUACCACUAAUGAUUUAUCUUUUUUUUUAUUCCAAAGAGUCUUUCGAUAAUAUGUACAUAUAUGUUAAACUACAUACUUACAAAAAUGUUUGCAUUAAAGGUGAAAACAUUGCUGAUAAUGGAGGUCUGAAAGCGGCUUACCACGCCUUUUUGAAAUCUGAAGCAACCAAGGAUGCCGAUAUUUUGAAGUUACCUGGAUUAAACCUGACGCACAAACAACUAUUUUUCGUAUCAUUCGCGCAAGUAUGGUGUUCCAGUACUACCAAUGAGACGAGUAUUUUGCAAAUGGAAAAAGAUGCUCAUGCGCCGUCGCCAUAUCGCGUCAUUGGAACACUUUCGAAUACUUUCGAAUUUGCUGAUGCCUUUAAUUGUAAAGCGAAUAGCAAAAUGAACCAAAAUAAAAAAUGUGUAGUGUGGUAAUUGUAAUUGUUAAAAUAAAAUGUAAUAAAAUAAUUGAUA